AACUUGAUUGUCUACUUGUACAACACAGCAAGACAAUGCAACACAAGCUGGAACCACGCAAUUGAACUAUGUACCACAACAGCUGCCAAUAAAACUCUGAUCAUCAAGCAAUUGCUCUUCAAGUUCACCAUAGAAAUUGCAAUUUCUAUAUGAAAAAUAAACUUAACAUAAUAAAAUUGUGAUUGCUUAAUUAUUUAUAUUUAAUACACAUCAUUAAAUUAAAUUUCGCUGCAAUGGAAAAGCCGGAAGAUAUUAUAAUUGGUGGAAUUGAAGGCGGUGGUACUCAUUCAUCACUGAUAGUGAUGGAUGGCAAGGGUAAUCAACUGGCAAAUAUCAAAGGAUCCAGUACAAAUCACUGGCAAAUUGGAAUGAAAGAGACUGCAAAAAGAAUAGCCAGUAUGAUUGAUCAAGCUAAGGAGAAAUUAAAUAUACCUGAUGAACAUCCUCUUGAUUGUGUUGGUUUAUGCUUGAGUGGUUGUGAGGAGAGAGAAACAAAUGCAAAACUUGUAAAAACUUUACAAGAAGAUUUUCCAAAUAUCAGCAAAGAAUAUGUUGUUGAAUCUGAUACAAUUGGUAGUUUACAAACAGGAUGUAAAAAUAGAGGUAUUGUUUUAAUUGCUGGUACUGGAAGUAAUGGACUUUUGGUUAAUUCUGAUGGUACUACAUCUAGCUGUGGUGGAUGGGGACAUAUGAUGGGUGAUGAAGGAAGUGCAUACUGGAUUGCACACAAAGCAUGUAAAUAUAUAUUUGAUGAUAUUGAUGGUCUUGAAAAGGCACCACAAUCAAUUACAUAUGUUUGGGAUAUUUUUAAAAAUUUUUUUCAAGUCAAUAAUCAACAUGAAAUGCUUCGUCAUUUGUACAAUGAUUUUGAUAAAAGUAAAUUUGCCAUGGUAACUGAAAAAAUUGCACAUGGUUGUCAAGAAAAUGAUGAACUUUCUUUAUUACUUUUUUCACAAGCUGGACAAUAUCUUGCUAAACAUAUCACUGGACUUCUCUCAAAGAAUUCAAAAUUUAAAAAUGAAAAAUUGAGAGUUAUAUGUGUUGGAUCUGUAUGGAAAUCUUGGGAAUUUUUAAAAGAAUCAUUUAUUAAAAAAAUUCAUGAAUCAAAUAUUAUUGAUGAAUUAAUACUUUUACGUUUGACAACAUCUUCAGCAGUUGGUGCUUGUUAUGUAGCUGCUGAUAAAAUAAAUUGUAAUAGUCUUGUUAAAACACAUGAUAAAAAUUGUGAUGAAUUUUUUACCUACAAACGUGAUGAAUAUUAAAAACCAUGAUAACAAAAUUUCAAUAAUUUCUAUAAUAUUUUUUUUUGAUAUUAAUAAUUUAUCACAAUUUUUAUUCUUCAAGUUUUUAAAAAAUAAUAGUUUUUAAUUUUAAAUAAAUGACAACAAUACAAAGUUAUAGAAAUUGUAUAUAUAUUUUUUAUAUCAAGGCACAA